AUGUCUGACUCUGACGACUACGAUUUGCUACCAGACGAUGUCCAAGAUGACUUAUCAACUGCGGGGUCUAAUUUCUUCGAUUGCUUGACUGUUGGCCAAGCGAGCUCAAUAUGUCCAUCAUCAGUUGCCCUCACAGCCAAAUCAGGAUUCCAACGAAAUAACUUCCAGAAAAGAGAGAAAAGCUCGUUCCAAAAUAGCCGCCCGCGACGAAAUUUCCAGCAAACUACUCAAAAGAUCGGCUAUAUUCCGCCGAAGCUGUCGGAAGAAGAAUAUAGAUGCCAAGAGAAUGAAAUUGGGAACAACUUCGAGAAUUAUAUGAACAUGGAAAUGUCGAUUACGCCUGGCGAUGGAGUGGAAAACGAAGAAAUGCCACCGUUACUGGUUAGUUGGGAUGAUUUGGAUUUGCCCGAGAAUCUGAGAAAUAACUUGAGGAAGCUGAAGAUGGAGGUUCCAACACCUAUUCAAAGAUGCUCUUGCAAUAUUAUCAGACACAACUUUGACUGUCUGGCAAUAUCCGAAACGGGCCAGGGAAAGACGGCAGUUUUCCUUAUUCCCAUCAUCCGAAACCUUCUUUACCAAUCCUCCCUGCCUCCAAAGAAAGCAGUUCCUCAAUACCCCCACGUGAUCGUCAUCGCACCGACUCGAGAGCUGGCAAUUCAAAUCUACGACCAUGCAAAAAGAUUCACAGUUUAUACAGAAUUGUUCGACAGGAUCAAGAUCACCUACGGAGGGGCAAGCAUUGAUGACCAGGCGGAUGAGAUUGAGAAGGGAUGCCAAAUUAUUAUUGCUACUUUGGGACGGCUUGUGGACUUUGUCAAUAGGGAAAUCCUGUCCCUCGAGCAAGUGAAAUAUUUGCAACUGAUGGAAGGCUUCGAAGAAUGCCUCAAUCAGUUUCUCCAGCACGAAGAUCUCCCGGACAAGAAUUAUCGCCGCACAAUCAUGACUUCUGCAACAAUGACUCCGGAUGUCCAGCUUUUGGCGAAAGAUCAGCUCUCUGACAGGUCUUAUUAUUGCCAAGUUGGCGAGCUGAACCAUGCGAAUCGAAAUAUUCGGCAAGAAAUCAUUCGAUGCUACUCGCAUUCGAAGUUGAAAACACUCAAGGAAGUUUUGCAACGACCAGAUGUGAAAGAAGGAAAGACGAUCAUCUUCACGAAUCAGAGAAGACUGUGUAUGACGUAUUCGUUUCAGCUGCGGAAUUGUGGCGUCUUUGGAGCUGUAGAAAGCAUUCACGGAGAUCGACACCAGCAAGAUAGAGAAACUGCUCUGAGAAGAUUCAAAGAAGGAGAAGUCAACAUUCUCGUUGCGACGGAUCUGAUUGGGCGGGGCAUUCACAUUCCGAAUGUCCAGACAGUCAUCAAUGUCGAUUUGCCGGAGAAAAUCCUUGACUACAUCAAUCGGAUUGGACGAACUGGCAGAAUUGGCCACAACGGAAAAUCCAUUUCGUUCUAUGACCCGUCCAACGACUCAAUCAUGGCCGAACGUCUCUGCAAGGUCCUUGCACAGAACGACCAAGAACUGCCUGAUUUUCUCACGGCAGAGACUUUCAUGCAUAACCGAGAGCGAUAUCGAUCGAUUGCCCAGGAAACGAUGCACUCAAAUGACUACCUCAUGUCAAGAAGCAAUUUGAAUGGACAGGGAAUCUUGACUGGCUUCGAUUUUAACGAAGAAUGGUAG